AUGGUGCGAUACACAGCAUUGAAAGGUCUUUAUGAACUUGACAAAACAAUCGGCUGCGGAGGGUUCGCGAAAGUUAAAUUAGGCACUCAUUUAGCGACCGGUGAAAAAGUAGCCGUUAAAAUAAUGGAAAAAGCAGCCUUAGGAGAAGAUCUGCCGAGAGUGAAAUUAGAAAUCGAUGCAUUAAAAACUUUAUUACACCAACAUAUAUGCAGAUUAUAUCAAACAAUUGAAACGAGUACCCACUAUUUCAUGAUUAUGGAAUAUUGUUCUGGUGGUGAAUUGUUUGAUCAUAUUGUUGAAAAAAAUAGAUUGACUGAACAUGAAUCAAGGAAAUUUUUUCGGCAAAUUGUGUCAGCGGUUGCUUAUUUACAUAGUCUGGGUUUUGCUCAUAGAGAUUUAAAACCCAACUGUAAAAAUAUGAGAAACGAAAACGAAGUUAAAACCCUAAUAACUCAAUUGGACAAUUCACCACGAAGACCAUUGACAGUAAAAAGUACCGGCAAAUCAGAAGCCACGAGAGGACUGUCGCCAAUACCGGACAUAAAAAAGCCGUCAGCAGAGUCUCCAGCUUCGGGAGCUCGUAAAAGAGUUCAUGAUACUAAUGAGGAAGACGACAGUAUAUCUCCGACUGUACCAGUUAAGAGAAUUCAAAUGGAUAAGUUUAACGAUACAGUCCCCGUUACACCGAAAGAUAAAAAUAAACUUACACAGGGUACAGGUACAAAUGCAACACCAGGUAGUGCUAGGAAGGUAAUAAUAGGUUUAGAGCGUGGACUAAAUCGUAUUAGAGAUGUCUUGACGCCAAAAAGGAAACUUAAGUGCGUUAAUAAUGAUAACUCUCCGGAUCAACCUAUUGUUCUUAGUGGAAAGGGCCUUUGUAAUGUAUCAUCAACAUCAAAUAAUUGUCCAAAAGAUGUAUUAUCACAAUUACGACGUGCAUUACAACGUAAAGGAAUUUUCUGUCGACAAAAAGGCUUUAUUCUACAAGGAGAAACUGAGGUUUAUGACAAUGAGAAUAUAAAGCAAGGUCAAAGAGCAUUUGGCAAUCAAAGGAAAAUCUGCUCGUUCGAAUUAGAGGUUUGUCUGCUGGAUGGAUUCUCAACUAAUGAUAAACCGGUUGUCGGCAUACGUAGGAAAAGAUUGAAAGGCGAUGCGUGGGUUUACAAACGAGUAUGUGAGGAAAUAUUGGCACUUGCCGCUGAGGACGUUAAGACCACCGAUCAGGAUUCUGUUGAGUCUGCUAAAACACCGUCAGGACAUUGUCUCAUUUAA